GUGUCAUGUCAGCCUCCAGUGCGGCGAGGCGUCCUGUGGAAGCGAUGCUCGGCCUGUCCAUUAGAGAGGUGUCUCAGGCACUGAGGGAUGGGAAGGUCUCUGCCACUGAACUCUGCAGAAAAUGCAUCAACCAAAUACAACGAACGCGUUACCUGAAUGCUUAUAUAACCAUUGCAGAGGAGACGGCCAUGGAGCAAGCAGAGAGAGCAGAUAAAAGGCUCCGCACAGGUAAAACACUUGGUCCUCUAGACGGCAUUCCUUUCUCUGUAAAAGACAACUUCUGCACAGAGAACAUCAAGACCACCUGUGCUUCAAACAUGCUUAAAGGUUAUGUUCCUCCAUUCAGUGCUACAGUUGUGCAGAAGCUGUUGGAUCAAGGAGCAGUUCUUGUUGGAAAAACUAAUUUAGACGAAUUUGCAAUGGGAGCUGGAAGUACAGAUGGGGCUUUUGGUCCAGUUCGUAAUCCAUGGAGUUAUGCAGCCCCUUACCGUGAACAGAGUGCAGAAGAUCCAGAUUCAGACUGGACAAUAACAGGAGGAAGUUCAGGAGGCAGUGCAGCAGCAGUGGCAUCUCUCAGCAGCUUCCUAGCCUUAGGAUCUGAUACUGGAGGCUCCACGCGAAACCCUGGUUCUCUCUGUGGAGUGGUGGCUCUGAAACCCUCGUAUGGCCUCCUGUCACGUCAUGGCCUCAUCCCUCUGGUUAACUCAAUGGACGUGCCAGGAAUCAUGACCAGAAGUGUUCACGAUGCCGCCACUGUUUUGAGGAUUCUCCAGGGACGAGAUGAGAGGGACUCAACAACUGUCCAGGCACCAAACACUCCACCCAGCCUUCCUGAACAUUUUGACAUGAGAAAGAUAUGUGUUGGCAUACCAAAGGAAUAUCAUGCUCCUGGUCUAUCAGAGGACACUUUGGCCCAGUGGAGUAGAGUGGCAGACAUAUUUGAAAAUGCGGGUGCUAGGGUAAAAGAGGUGUCUUUACCACACACCCCAUACUCCAUCGUCUGUUACCACGUCCUGUGCUGCUGUGAGGUGGCAUCCAACAUGGCACGCUUUGAUGGGCUUGAAUACGGUCAUCGCAGUGCGGUGGACAGCUCCACAGAUGCCAUGUACGCCACCACACGACAUGAAGGUUUCAACAAUGUUGUUCGCAGAAGAAUUCUCUCAGGGAACUACUUCCUUCUGAAAUCGAACUAUGAGCGGUACUUUGUGAAGGCUCAACAAAUGCGCCGCCUUAUUGCUGAAGACUUUAAAAAAGUGUUUAGUUCUGGCAUAGACGUUCUCCUCACCCCCACAACACUGAGCGAUGCGGCACGUUACGCCGACUUCAUAACAGAAGACAACCGAACACGCAGCGCUCAGGAGGAUGUCUUCACACAGCCUGUCAACAUGGCAGGUUUGCCUGCCGUCACGGUCCCAACAGCACUCUCACAGCGAGGUCUUCCCAUUGGCCUGCAGCUGAUAGGACAGACACUACAAGACUGGAAAUUGUUGACAAUCGCCCACUGGAUGGAGAAACAACUCCACUUCCCAAUGAUCCGAUUCCACAGGGACUUAAAUGAAAAUGAAAGAGAGCAGAACAGAUCCAUCAGAGAAAGGACACACACAGUAGGAUCAUAACCAAAACCCAAAGACAGAACAGGUAAAAUUCAGAGGAACUGAAAGGAUUUCUGGGGUUAAAUUUGAUAUCAAAGUUCAAACAAUUAAAUGUUAUAUGAGAUGCUAUUGUCUGUAUAUAUCUGUUCUUGGGUUCUAUGAUUCAAGGCUUAUUUCCCAAAAUACAAGUGACAUUUAUUAUGCAGCGUUGGUGUAUGUGGAGCCACUGAAUUAAAUGUAUUACUGCAAAUGUGUCAACAAUGCAAAAUUAACUGUGAAAAAAUUAUCACAAUUUUAAUUAAACUAAUUGUUUGAUAUCUGAUUGUGAUCUUUAAAAUGACUUGUUACAAACCAAACCAAAUUUGCAAAAGCAUGAUCGUUUAGGGAGGUAAAAUAUUCUUCAUUUACAGUACAGGCAGAGCACGUACAGUACAGGCCAGCCCGCAGCAAGUAACUUGUAGUCUUCAAGAAUGGUUGUAGUUUUCCAACUGAACUGCAUCCACAUUGUGCACCAUUUGCACUGC